UUCUGAAAACGACUAUAAUGUCAAAUUUUGACUAUCAAUGUUUUAACAACGAUGAUAUCUGUCAACACCUGAAAACAUCAAAAAGAAAAACUAUUAGCGAGAACUUUUGUAUCCCGGAAUCCUUACUGCAGCAUGCUUUGUCGGCAAGUAAUUCCGGACACCAAUGGAAUAGAACAAAUUUACAUAGUUAAGUCGGAAAAUGAACCCGAGAAUCGAGAGGUUUCGGAUUCUCUUGGAACGUCCGCAUUAGACAAUGAAGAAGUUGACCAUAUCAAACAAGAACCUCCCAGCGAUGAGGAAGAAGCAUGCGAGGAUGGCAUUCCUAGCUUUGGAAUGCUGGAUGUUAUCAUCAAAGAAGAAUUGGAAGAACCAGGUUUGGAGGAUGGUGGAGAAACAAGUACUAAGUCACGAAAAGAUAGUAAUAAUUCAAAUGUUUCAAUGGAUGGCUCUGCUAGAAGUUCCAGCGAGAGCGAUUCUAGUUACACUAAUUCCGACGAGUCGGACGAUGAAGUCAUACGACAUACCCGAUCACGCAAAGAUACGCGUAGAACAAAAAAUGUACGUUCUAUACAGGAUACCGAAGAUAGCAUGGACGAGUCUUUGAAUGUAAGUAAGAAAAGAGGUCCGUACAAAAAGAAAGAGCAACCAACGGACAAAAUCAAAGCGGUCAGACGAAAAGUUAUUAAACGAUUCGUUUGUCACUGUUGUCCGAAGAAAUUUUCAACCCUAUUCAAUUUGGAACGGCACGAGAAAAGUCACAUAACACAAGCAGAGAAGCAAAAACACAAAAAGAAGAAUUUGUGUUUUGUCUGUCAGCAGGAAAACGAAACAAAGGACGCGUUACAUGAACAUUUGUGUCUGCAUGCUGAUAUGCUACCGUACAUGUGCCCGGAUUGUGAAAAACCAGUAAAGGUUAUUUCCGUUAGAUUACUGAAUAAACAUUUUCAGUUACACAAGGAAAUGCAUACCGGUAUUAUCAAAUGCGUUUAUUGUUCAGCAAGAUUUCACUCUCUUUCCGGCUGUCGACAGCAUGAACGGGGACACGUUGAAGGGCAGCAUAUAAAGGAGGCACAAGCCAGAGCCGAUUUAGAAAGCAAACGUCUUAACGUAAAAGUCAUAAUUGUAGAUGGGUUGAAGAGGUAUGAAUGUGAAUAUUGUGGUAAGUCUUACUCGUUAUUAGCUACACUUCGAAGACACACAAAUUCACACACGAUGGAAAAGGUUUAUAUGUGCAAAAUGUGCGGAAAGAUCUUCAAUAAAGCCUCUUCUCUGACAUUACACGAAAAAGUUCAUUCGGAUGUCAAACCAUACAAGUGUGAGACUUGUGGCAAAGGAUUCAAGGAGACAAUAAGAUUAAUCGAACAUCGGCGUAUUCACACCGGCGAAAAACCAUAUCAAUGUCAUUGUGGAAUGGCAUUCCGUAAAAAAUACAUUUUAAAGGAACAUAAACACAUUUGCGAUUUACCCGAGGAUAUAAAAACUUGCGAGUGCCGUUUCUGCCAGCAGUCGUUUCCCUCGUAUUUGGACAUGGUGCAUCAUAUUAGACAAUUACACACACUCGGAAUGCCAGAAACCAAAUGCCAAUAUUGUACGUCCAAAUUUAAAAACGUCAUUCAGUUAAUAAUCCACGAACAGCGCCAUGAUCUACCGAACGUAAUUAAAUGCGAUCAGUGCAAUAGAAUUUUCAAACAGGAAGCUAAUCUUGAAGCGCACAUUAAGACACACAUUAACGAACCGGAAGCGUUUAUAUGCGACGUUUGCGGGAAAACUUUCAACCAAAGUGUUAACUUGCGUAUACACAAACGAAUUCACAACGCAACACGAUCGCAUGUAUGCGAUCUUUGUCCGAAGAGUUUUCUGUGUUCGAGUACCAUGCGCCGUCAUCGGUUAACUCAUUUUAACGGAAACAGUAAAAAUUACAUCCCAACGUUGGAGGACGAAGAGACAGAACCUGGUACAAGUCAGAUUGAAUGUGUCAAACAGAAGCCUCAGGCAUCAACGGUUCAUAAUGACAACAUGUAAAAAUAUGAUACUGAUAAACGUACUAAAUUUUAAUGAAAUUGAAUCUAAUUGUAUCUUGGUACUGGUACCGUAUAAUUAAACACUUAAGAAUUCGUUGAACGGUGAUAAAAUAACAUCAAAUUAUUU